AUUGCAGUCGUGUUAAAUUUCAGGUACAGCGUGCUGCAGCGACGAACGUGCGCUUUUCUGUCACUACUAACGCCCUGGAUGUGAUCCAUAAAUCGAGCCAGGGCCCUUUCCGCUCAGCUCUCUUCUGAUUUACCACCAAAGAGUCAAACAUGGCAGAAAAACCAGCGUGCAUUCGCACCCUCCAGCCUUCAGAUGAAAAGCUAGUCAGAUUUAUGAUAGGGAAAAGCAUCAUGGAGCCUUUAGCAGAUGCGAACCGACGAGCCGUGUUCCAUCCAUUGGUUAUAAGUAUAUGGGUAGCCCUAUCGUCCGUUAUGGUACAGCUCUUGGGUUGGUGGCCCAAACCCGAAUAUGGAUGGAUGACCUACCUUGCUCCACUCCCAGCUUUUGGCUCCUGGGGCGUAGCAAUCCUUUUUUUUCUCGACUGGUUCAAUCGACCAUACUUUGAGGACCUAUUGACCUUAACAUUGCGGAAACCAGACGUUGGGAAAAUACAGGAGCAUUACAGCCUCUCACCCUCUUCUGGAUUCUUUAUUCUCGAGUAUGGCGGGGAUUUUGUGGGUCUCAUCGGUAUCGACGCAUCCAAAGAGUCUCUGCAAGAAAAAACUAUUGCAUCCAUGGGAGAACGCUUAGAUUCAAAAAACAAAGCUACAUCACGGAUCGCCACAAUUCGUCACUUCCAUGUAGAGCCUCCUUUCCGAAAAGCCAAAAUACAGAACGAUCUACUGAAACACGCUUUGGACCACGCUUUUGGUGCCAGCAAAACGGUGCAGAAGGUAGAUGGGACAGACUCGCCUCUUGUUCCAUAUAAGACGAACUGUUUCAAGGAGAAUGGCUUUGGAAUAGAGAAAACCGAAGGCAAACUUGGGCUUUUCGGGUGGGCGCUUAAUUUGAGGACUGUGGACAGGGCGACAUGGGAGAAGGCGAAAAAGACCAGGGACAGCUGAAGGCUGUGAACCUGGCAGUAUACCGUGUGCCAUUUCUAAUUGCUGCGUAUGCUAGGUAUGCCCAUUGCAUUGUAUAUCGUAAACCAUAAUGAUUAUUUG